UGUUCCCCUCGCUCUCUGCCCCGCACUCUGGCCGGAUGGCGACCCCAGACCGUCAAGACCUCAUUCGCAAUGCAGUCCUCUUUCUUGCUGACCCAAAGACCCAAGCAUCGCCAUUCGCUCAGCGAGUCCAGUUCCUGGAGGCCAAGGGUCUGACCAGCGCGGAGAUUGACGAGGCCAUGAGACAGGCUGCAUCGCAGGGAGGACAGAUGGCUCCUGGUCCAUCUUCCGUUCCGUAUGGGCCAUCCUAUUCUCCUGUGUACGGGCCAUCGCCUUUCGUCGCACAACCUCCUAUGCAACCAUGGGAUUGGAGAGACUACUUUAUCACUGCUGUUGUCUCUGGAAGUGUCGCCUAUGUGGCAGCUUCACUGUUCAGAAAAUUCGUUCUUCCGCAUCUGCAGCCACCAUCUGCUACCGCGUAUGAGGCCGACAGAAACGCGUUGACGUCGCAAUUCGACGCAGCAGAGGCUCUGCUCAAAGACAUUCAAGAAGAAUCAGCUGCUGUCCGCCUUGCAGUCGAACAGCAGAGUGACAAGGUCGAGAAGGCGGCGCAGGAGGUAGAGGAGAUAGUGAAAGAGAUGAGGGAAGGUGAAGCGAGGGCGAGGGAUGAGAUGCGCGAGAUAAGGGAUGAGGUGAACAAUGUUCGGGAGCUGUUACCGAAGAUGUUGGAGAAGAACAAGGAAAGUCAACAACAGACACUCGCGGAACUACAGCAAGAGCUCAAAUCAAUGAAAGCACUGUUGUUGAGUCGCGGACCAUCUUCCCCGAGUGGCUUCUCCACACCGAUAGUCCCCAGUAAGCCCGCUAUACCAGCAUGGCAGCUCGCCGCCGCUCCAUCCUCUGCAACCACGACCAGCAUCCCAUCACCUCAGCCGCCGUCUAUGUCCCCACCGUUGCCCAAUGGAAAGGGAAAGGCGGUGGAGGUACCAUCCGAUGCUUCUACUCCAGAGUCAUAGUGUGCGUGUACCAGGCUUGUCGCCGUUGUAUACUAUACCACUACUGGGAACACAUAUCCAUUGCGCUUGAAUCAUGACAGACAGAAAAA